AUGGCCGACUUCCACAACGAUGAUCCCUACUGCGCCCUGGACGAAGAGACGCAGCUUCAAAAGGGCGAGGAGUCCGAUUCCGACUUUGAAGACGAUUAUGAGUCGAGCAAGUCUCAGAACGAUACAACUGCUGUGGAGUUUAGGAACGGGAAGGAUAUGCAAGGAAUUCCAUGGGAGAGGCUCAGUCACACUAGGGAUAAUUACCGGGAGACGAGAUUGAAGCAGUACAAGAACUACGAGGACCUCUCUCCCUCUCACGAGAUGAUUGAUAAGGAGUGUUUGGCAGUAGAUAAAGGAAAGACAUUUUAUGACUUCCAGUUGAACACGAGGAUCGUCAACUCAACCAUUGUGCAUUUUCAGUUGAGGAACCUGUUGUGGGCAACAUCCAAGAAUGAUGUCUAUCUCGUGCAAAACUACUCCCUGAUGCAUUGGUCUGCACUGUCAAGAAAGGAGAAAGAAGUACUGAAUGUGGCCAAACCUGUUGUUCCUACCCUGAAACGCCCUGGUUUGUUGACACAAUCACUUUCCAGGGUGCAAAUCAGUUCCAUGGUUGUCAAAGACAACAUAAUGGUCGCAGGAGGCUUUCAAGGAGAGCUUAUUUGCAAGUAUCUGGAUCACCCUGGAGCUGCUUUUUGUACGAAACUCACCACACAUGAAAAUGCCAUUACCAAUGCUGUAGAUAUCUACUGCAACCCCAGUGGCUCAAUGAGGAUUAUGGCUGCAAACAAUGAUGCCCAAAUCAGAGUAUUUGAUGCCGAGUGUUUUGCUUGCCUCAGUCAAUUCGGGUUCGAUUGGUCCGUAAAUAGCACUUCUGUGAGCCCUGAUGGGAAGCUAGUAGCAGUUCUUGGAGAUAGUGUUGACUGCUUGAUCGCCGAUGUACAGUCUGGUAAGGUCGCUGCUAACCUCGAAGGACACGUGGACUAUUCAUUUUCAUCAGCGUGGCAUCCGGAUGGUAGAAUUCUGGCCACUGGCAACCAAGACACCACAUGCAGGCUAUGGGAUAUUAGGAAUCCUUCCAGGUCCUUGGCUGUGCUGAAAGGAAACAUGGGGGCUAUAAGAGGGCUAAAGUUCACAUCCGAAGGGCAGUUUCUGGGGAUGCAAGAGGCCGCCGACUUUGUCCACGUGUUUGAUGUGGAAUCUGGUUAUGUGAAGUGCCAGGAGAUUGAUCUCUUUGGGGAGAUCGCCGGUAUAUCUUUUAGCCCUGAUUCAGAGUCUCUGUUUGUCGGUAUAGCAGAUCGUACCUAUGGAAGUCUGCUGGAGUUCAAUAGGAAGCAUUACAAUCGCUACCUGGAUUCUUUCUAUUAG